AUCACCGUAAAAUAAGGAAGCGGACAGGCGUUAGUUUAAAGAUUGUACUAUCAUGGACACAGAUAGCUAGCGAGGCUAAUCCUCAUUCUUUAAAUUUUUACAUUAUCUGGUGAGAUUUCUGCACAGUGCACCGCGAUGGUUGACGACUUCGAGGGUCAGGAGGUCCGGUCCAGCGGGGAGCUGUGGUCCGAAAUCUGCUCCAGUCUGCCGGAGGUGCGAGCUGAGGCAGCUCCGGAGAACAACACCGAGUUUAAAGACUCCUUCCUGCCUGCGGCACAGGUCGGGGUGCAGGUUGUCAAUGGACAGACAAAUGGGACAAACGCCAGCUCCAGUACCAGCAGCGCCAAGUGGGAACCCAUGGAGGACUCUGAGAUCUACAUAGCCAGUUUAGAGAACCGCCUGAAGAAACUAAAGGGCCAGUCCAGUGAUGUGACGUCCAGGGACAUGUUGCGCUCCUUGUCUCAAGCUAAGAAAGAAUGCUGGGAUAGAUUUCUGCACGACGCCCAGACCUCAGAGCUCUUCCAAGGCGGUGACAUGGAUGAGAGUGCUCUUGAACACUUUAAGAGGUGGCUGAUUCCCGAGAAGGUGGCCAUCAGCACAGAGGAGCUGGAGUAUCUCCUGAGGCCGUCUCAGAGUAAGGAAGCAGCUGAACCAAACAAAACACAGAGCGAAGAGGAGACAGAGGGAGAGAAACACAACCCAGAGGAAGACGACGCUCACAGCCCAGAGAAAUGAGUAUUUCAAUCACUAACUCUAAAAGAAGAACUCUUUCGCCGUGCAUUUGGUAGGGGUGACUUCUUACCCCUCCCCCUGCUGCUCAUUUUGAGCUGCGGGGGGAGUAUUGUUAGUAUUUUGGCCAAAGCUUUUGUUAACAAUGGUCAAAGAGGCAAUUAUAGCCUGUCAUCAUCUUCUGUAUCCCCAGCAACUGAGUGUUAAUUACUUAUUCAGUUGCACGUGUUUUGUCCUGUCUAUUCAUCUCUUCUGCAAAUGACACCAUGGAAAAAAAUAUAAUAAAGACAUGAAAUUAGACUUGUUUUUCCUGUAACAGCAGAAUGUGCAUCUAGUUUAUAUACUGACUCCCAUUAUAUUGGUUAUAAGAAUGGCUCUCUACUUUAAAUACAAAUGCAAAGGCUAAUGAAGGACCACAUGCGGUAUCAUGUUGUAAAUUAGACCCUGAUGACAGAAACAAUGAAUUAUCUUGCAGAGACAUUAUUUUUCUGUUUUUUUUUAAAUUGUAACAUCUAGAGGAGGAAUAUAUUCCUGAAAGUAUUGUAACAUAAUGUGUAACAUCUUUAUUUUUGUUGUGUUUAUUACUUGUGAAGUUUUACCCAUGUUUCAAUAAAGACAAGUAGAAUGGG